UUUGCUGCCGUUCAUAAAGCACCCCCACCGGCAACCCCGUCUCUUUUCAUGGCAGAGAAAGAUGCCAGCUCAAAACUUCGAAAGGCCGUCAAGGAAAACAAUCUCUUUCUUGUCAAAAGACUCAUCCAACGAACCGACAUGCGUAAUCCAGAUUCCACACUCAAACGAUACACAUCCCUAACCUGGGCUGCUGUGCUUGGACAUGAAGAGAUCUUUGAAUUUUUGCUCACCGCUGGCCAUGACGACGAGGAACUCAGCAGGGACCUUGAGAAUAACACGAUUCUAAUGCUGCUUGCUGAUUUCAAACCACCAACACCCAAUCCCUAUGCUCCUGGCCCGUCUCAGGCUGAUCUCAUGAGCGCCGCACUACGCAUGGCCAGACUAUACUACGACCGGUAUCCUUGGAUUCUUGACUGGUCAAAUUCGCAAGGAAAGACCGCCUUGCAUAUGGCUGCGCUGAAAGGAAAUGAGGAGCUCGUUCGCAUGCUGUGUGACUGGGGAGCAGAUUUCGACCUAUCAGAUAACAAGGGAAACACACCACUUCACUAUGCGAGCGCGUGGGGUCAUAUUCCGAUUGUGCAAUUGCUGAUCGAGAGAGGCUGUCAAUUUGCUGCACGUAACAACGACGGGUUCACGCCGUCUGACUACGCGUAUUCCUUUAGCACGAGAGAUACUCUACAAGACUCUGCGCGCACGCAGUUCGAGGCUAACAGAAAGAUGCGCCGGCUCGUUUACGCUCAAGCCGCUGCCAGGGGCCACGAGUGGGGUGUUACUGCUGCAGGAUUCGAACGACCGCCACCUGUUCCUAUAAAAGACUAUGAUGCCGGAAUGACUGGAGUCCGUAUGCGGAGUGGUUCUGGUGCGACCACAACCACCGACAGUGGAGAUAUCGAUAGUGCUGGAGUUGGAGCUAUAGGAACGAGUCUAUCGUCAUUGUCGUCCUCGGCGUCACAACAGUUGUGGCCACGACCCGCACCCGUCAUCAACUCUUCCUCCCAGCGACCGGAGAAUGUAUCCUCCGCAAGUAGUAGUGGCGGUACAUUCUCGGUGCCUUCGCCAGGGCCAUCACAGUCAAUGUUGUUGAACCCCCAUGCGCCAACGCACAAGUCAUCGUUAUCUCCCAUCGUCGACCGGUUGCGUGAGCGAGACGCAGAUGAAAUGGAAAAAUACAAAAGGCGGAACCGAAGCGGUAGUGGUGAAACGUCUUCCACUGACAAUGCAAGGUCACAGGUAGUUCCGUCGGCCAAUUUCACGUCGGCCGGGCCAUCUUCCAACGGCGACGAUAUCACCGCGCUUAGUUCAUUGGGUAUUACCGGCUCGACGGCUCCCCGCAAGCGGUUACGACCGUCGUGGUCAGCUGCGCAACUAAGAAGUUCUCCCUCCUCCGCUCCAACGCCGUCCCAAGCUGCGCAGGCAGACGCUUCACGAAACCGAGCAGGGACAAGCCCCGGUAGCUCGCGUUUUGGCCAGCCAUUGCUGACACCGGGCGCGAUUCUCACGCGGACAGCGUCGUCUGAUACCCCCCGUCAUGAGGAGAAGGCCGUGGAAGAACCGGAGAAUUUAAAUGGGCCAUCAUUGCAAUUAGCUCACUUGCGUGAACCACCUCGAAAGCCUGGCAUACGUAGCGCUUCGUCAUCUACAGCGGCGGCCAUUGGUCGUCGGCUGCCAUUCAAUCUUUUGUCUAAACCUGCUCCUCCACCUCCUGAGCCGCCGCAUGGACAUCGGCGCGGUACAUCGAUUGCGUCGAUACGUAGUUGAACAUUUUCUUCCUUUCAUCAUAACCAUUCAUUCCGGUGUAAGUCCUACGUGUACAUGUGCUGUACCCCUUAAGGUCGACUCGUUUUUCGAAUUAGCUGCAUGGACCAUCCGUACAUUUUGUCAUUCUGCAUUCUGUCUGUUAUAGUGUAGCUCUUGCAACACAUCUCUCGCUGGU